AUGUCUUCGCCGACGACGCGUAUACCUCCGACCGAGAACAUGCGCUGCUCAAGCUGCGAGUCGAAAAGACCGCUUGACUGGUUCAAAAGCAAAGUCUCUCGCAGUCACGGCUUGCUAGACACAACAACAAAGACCUGCAAGCAAUGCAGAGUAUGUUUCCCUGCGACUGCUUCUUCUCUACCGGGUGCUCACACAAUGCUCAGGACAAGUAAGCCGCAUCCAGAAAACGCGAACGUGAAGCCAAAGCUGCAGCAAAGCCUAAUCAACCCCGUGGCGUGUCUGAGCAUCAGCUCGCAGCCAAGAAUUCCGACACCCAAUUUGUCGGGUAGAUCAGGCACAAGCAUCAGCACGUCGACUGCCAGCGUGCACAACAUUGAGUUCCAGAAGAUGCAACAUUCAUUCGAGGCUAUCAAAUUGCUUGAUCAAGACGAAGUCAAUGCUGCUGCCAAUUUAUUGCUGGACCAGAUCGAUGAGCCCGGGGACAGUGAUGAUGGCCAGGAUGCCAUGUGUGAUGAUGAAGGAAGAGACAGAGGUCGUGAGGACUGA